CCCCUUGCACACCUUAAUUAUGGCCCACCCUUCCCAAAUAGGUUUUCAAGACGCAGCAUCCCCUGUAAUAGAAGAAAUAUUGUACUUUCAUGACCAUGCAUUGAUGGUCGUCUUCUUGAUUAGCACAAUAGUCCUUUAUAUUAUUGUUCUCACAGUUUCAACUAAAUUAACUAACAAAAUCCUAAUCGACUCUCAAGAAGUUGAAAUUGUCUGAACGGUGCUUCCUGCUAUCAUCCUUUUAUUAAUUGCUCUACCAUCAUUACGUAUCCUUUAUAUUAUAGAUGAGCUUUCUAACCCUUAUUUAACAGUCAAAGCAUUAGGACAUCAAUGGUACUGAAGCUAUGAAUACACUGAUUAUGAGAAUUUAACCUUUGACUCAUAUAUAAUCCCAAAUCAAGACCUAACUUCGUCUCAAUUUCGUCUUCUUGAAGCAGACCAUCGAAUAGUUGUUCCUUUAGAGUCCCCUGUUCGAGUUUUAGUUACUGCAGAGGAUGUACUUCACUCUUGAACAGUGCCCUCCUUAGGGGUUAAGAUAGAUGCUGUACCAGGUCGCCUAAAUCAAACAACAUUCACCUCUCUUCGCUCUGGUGUAUUCUACGGACAAUGUUCUGAGAUCUGCGGCGCUAACCACAGCUUUAUACCCAUCGUUGUGGAGGCCGUACCUUUAGAGUACUUUGAAGGUUGAUCUUCCCUAAUUCUACAGGACGCCU